AUGGAGCCUCUGGGCCCCCUCCCGUACGACUCCGGGGCACUAGUCCAGGGGGCAGGAGCCCUGUUUUCAACUCCGAUAACGCCGCAGGCUCUGGGGUUGAGGUUUGAGAUGGCAGCCUCGGUAGAUCUGGGCUGUCCCCCUGCGUGUGAGACUAUUCAGGGAGCGUGGGCCGCCAGCCCCACCGGGACAGGCCUACGCCACGAGGUGGAGGCUUAUUCAUGCCUGGUGCGAUUUCCGUUCCGGAUCACCAGGUUUUGCCCCGAUGCGAGGGGUCCUGGGAUUCCUACAGGAGCUUUCGACAAGGGAGGCUGGUCCGCUACCUUGGCGGUGUUUGCGCAGCCAUUACUUCAGUCACACGGUUCCGGGGGGUUCACACCGAUCUCCACCCGUGAUAUAAUCGUUUUCUGCGGGGGGCGCGCAGGUGGAGGCCCCCCGCUCCAGAAUGAACGCCUGCCGUUUGGGGACCUCAGGUGUCAUAAUUGGGCUUCGGUUCGCCUUUUAACCGCGGCGAGCGAUCCCGUUGGAAGCCGUCUUUGA